AUGGCCGCCCCCGCUGUCACCGGCCCCCUCCUCACCCUCAACAAUGGCCGCAAGAUGCCCGCCCUGGGCUUCGGCACCUUCGCCAACGAGGGCAGCAAGGGCGAGACCCACGUCGCUGUCGUCGCUGCGCUGAAUGCCGGAUACCGCCAUCUCGACUGUGCCUGGUUCUACCAGAACGAGGACGAGGUCGGCUCCGGCAUCCGCGAGUUCAUGGCUGCCAAUCCCUCCGUCACCCGCGAGGACCUCUUCAUCACCACCAAGGUCUGGAACCACCUGCACAAGCCCGAGGACGUUGCCUGGAGCAUCAAGAGCUCGCUCGAGCGCCUGCAGACCCCCUACGUCGAUGCCUUCCUCGUGCACUGGCCCAUUGCCGCCGAGAAGAACGACGACUACACCGUAAAGAUCGGUCCUGAUGGGAAAUACGUCAUUGAUCAUGAGUUGACCAACAACCCGGAGCCUACAUGGCGGGCCAUGGAGGCGGCAUACGAGGCCGGCCAGGCGAAGUCAAUUGGCGUGUCCAACUGGACCAAGAAGGGCCUGGAGUCUCUGCUGUCAUACGCCAAGAUCAAGCCCGCCAUCAACCAGAUCGAGAUCCAUCCCUUCCUCCCUCAGAAAGAGCUCGUCGAGUACUGUGCCUCCAAAAACAUUGUGCUGGUCGCUUACUCGCCGCUUGGUUCCCAGGACCAGGUUCCUGGCACGGGCGAGAAGGUAUCGACAAACCCUGAGCUGAACGCCAUCGCGAAGAAGAAGGGCGUGACCCUGGCGCAGGUCCUGAUCGCCUGGGGCAUCAAGAGAGGAUACGCCGUGGUGCCGAAGAGCAGCAACCCGGGCCGUAUCAAGAGCAAUGCGGAGCUGAUCACCCUGACUGACGAGGAGUUCGAGGCCGUGAACAAGGUUGCGGAGGGGCGGAACAGUAGGUUCGUGAACAUGAAGGACACCUUCGGAUACAAUGUGUGGCCUGAGGAGGCAUAG